AAAUACAUAUGAUAGAUGUGUAUAAAUAAACAUGUACAUACCUAUGAAUCGAACGCCCCGACUUCCAGCUGAAACACACGAGAUUGAAGUUUGUUCCCUGAUCGAGGAUGAUGACGAUGACAUCGGUUUGUACUACCGUACGACAGCUCGUGUCGCUCUGUUUGAUUUUUGAAACGAAUACAUCAAGUAUUGCUUGCAAUUGAACGGCGAUUGACAUUGCUGACCAGUUCGACGAACCAGGAAGAUCCAGUGGCCACACUAUAGCCUCAGCAGAAUUUAACAACACGACUCGAAAGAUGGCAGCGGGUGGAUCUUUUUUUUUCAGGGGUGCCGUUCUCUUGGCGGCGGGGGUGGCCCUAAUGGCCAGCGGCGGGAGCGAUUCCCUGCGGGCAGCGGCGUUCUCGGCGCCGUCCCCGGCACGAACGGGAAGGAUCGACAAUCCCCUCUCCGCGCUGGAACCAAAAACGGAGGCCACGGCGUGCGGGCAAGAGACAACCACAACCACCACCGCCGCCGCAAACAAAGCCCCGGCGGCGGCGGUUUCCCUGGGCCUUGCGCUGGCCGUCGGAGCGUCCGCCCUGGCGGGAGAACCGGCGAACGCCUACAUCCCGUCGGACUACGCGAGCGAGACCGUCCAGACCUCCAUCCAGGACCUCAAAAAGGCCUCCGGAAACGUCGACGAGACCUUCAAGGUGUACGAAAGCAUCGCGGGGAUCAUCACCGAGGGAAAGGGCGUGGGCGGACAAAUCAAUUACAGUAAGUCGUGUCGCGGUCGGUUUUGGUUGCCUCUCGCCACCCAACCAAACCCAAUCGAAUAGAAUCGAAUCGAAUCGAAUCGAAUCGACGGGCGGAUCUACGGGGGUUGCUCGGUGGCUGGAUUGGUUGCGACGAAUGGCAAUGGACGACGGCUGGGCAAAUGUUUCGAGGCGUGCACAGCCCGGCGGCGACGCAUUGCGUGCUGACAACCAGCACGGAAUUUGAUCCCCGGGUGCGUUUUUCUCACCCUCCCCGUGUGUUUGUCGUUUCGAAUCGGAACCUUUCGUUGUUGCCGUCCCGUUUUUUUUCGUUCGUUCCUUCGUUCGCGACGCCGCGCAGAGGGCAUCCAGCUCGAGCGCGGCUACGUUGCCGACGAGGACACCACCAUCUACAAUCCCGGCCUGAGCCUCCUGACCGAGAGCGAAAAGGAACGACUGGUAGAGGCCGUCAUCGACGCCCGCAAGGCCGGCCUGGAGGGCAACCAGUGGAGCGAAAACAACGAGUACGCCUUUGAGUUCCUGCGACAGAAACUCGACCCCUUCCACAUCACCGAGCUCCGGGGCUUCCUGGGGAUCGUCCCCUUUUACGGUGCCGCCAUCUACCUCGCGGUACUGGCGGUCCAGCAGCUCUUCCGCGACGGCUUCCAGAUCGCCUACCUGGUGGGAGUGGCGGCCUUCUUUUUGCCGAUCGUCGGACUCGUCCUGGCGGGGCCGUAAGCUGCACCAGAAACCAUCGGCGGCACUGUGUAUUAUGGCUAAGCAACCAAGAAUAAUGUACAAAACUUCUA